CUGAGCCGAAUAUACCCCUAAUCUGAAAUAUCUUUUUAUGAAGUUCAGCGGGGCUUACAGGAAUAUAAAAUGUAUCUAAGAGGAGUGGAUAUUGUUUCCUUGGUUCUCAUUCCAUCUAUUGUGACGUCAGGAGGGUCAGGAAUAGCUCGCACUCCGGCUUGUGAUGAAAUAGGUGUUGACAGAAUAUCUGAACAUAUGGAAUAUAGUGGAUGCUACAAACACGCUUGUUACCACACGUUUACGAACUUUACCACUCAUCGAAUCGAUGAAUGUACCCAAAGUUGUAAAAAUGAAUCGUACGAGUUUGCAGGACUAUCUGCUGGAAAUAGGUGUCACUGUGGGUAUCUAACAUGCAGCAGGUACAGUAAGGUGUGCGAGAGUUCAUGUGGGUUCCCUUGCUUGAAUUCCGGACGAAAUACAUUGACGACAUGCGGUGGUCUCGGAUUUAUACAAGUUUAUAAAGAUGAUCAAUUCCAGUUUGAAAACAGAGAAGGUGAAGUGCCUCUCGUGAUUCCUCUUUUUGUUCCACUUGUAAUUUGCCUGGUUGUCUUUGUCGCCGCUGUAAUGAUUCAUCAAUUGAAGACAAGAAGAGAGCUGCUGCAGUCGACGACCAUACCGACCUACAUCAACGCACCCUGGUGCUUCCCAGCAGCCCUUCAGCCGUCGGGAGGUGUCCAGGCCAUAGUCCCAGAUGAAGAUCCAGAGGUUGCCGCCACGCACAGGACACAGGAGUGCCAUUCUUCAACUGUACACCCUGCAUCAGCAUCAACUGGAGAUACCGACACUUGUCAAGAAAUCUCAGCAUCACCUGCAACCUGCUUUGACUAUGGUGAUGCCAUUGAUGGCAUACAUCAAGAUUUAAACGGUGGCCAGCAAUCCUCGUGCUCUCAGUAUCAGCCAGUCAUGACUGUGCAGGAUGAUCCUCUUUACCUUACUUGCACUUGCUGUGAUUCCAAGGUAUCUUCACCCUGUCUCGAACAUGUCGAACAUGGUGAAGAGAAUGCUUACCUUGUACCCGAUGCCCAGUAUUAUUAGUGGUUAUUGGACUCUGUUUAAUUGAUGGACUCCCUGAUUUGUGUUCAGUGAGGGGUAACGCUACAGCGGGCAUGGACAGGGGUCAUGUGAUUAUUUUAGAGUAGUGAACUGAAAAUUGAUAAAAAGAAAGGGAAAUGAGAGAUAAGGAAGAAAUAAGAAAGGGCAGCCGAAAGAAGAGAGGUCUUUGUCGUGUUAACUAAUAUUCGAUUGAGUGAAACAUUACGACACCUUCUAAUAGUUUUCUCCCGGGGGGGGGGGGGCACUUCCAUUGACG